AUGGCAAAAGUGUCAGUCCAUCCUCCAUCGCAAAUCCCGUUGGCAGCGGCACCCAUUCCCAAGAUAUCGUCCAAGCCCGAAAAGAAGCUCACUCCCUUGCAAUCACUCAUCGCCGGGGGCUUCGCCGGAGCAACCGAGGCUUGCAUCACAUAUCCUUUCGAAUACGCCAAAACUCGCUCGCAACUCAAGGCUACAUCAGGCGUGACCUCCAGCACCAGCCCCAUCCACCUCCUGCGCAACGCCAUCAAAAACGAAGGCUUCUCAUCUCUCUACACCGGCUGCACGGCCCUUGCCCUCGGGACAGCGCUCAAGGCUGGCGUUCGCUUCAUGACCUUCGAUGCCAUAAAAUCCCACCUCACAGACCCGCAAACUGGAACCCUCAGCCCAACCAACGGUCUCCUCGCCGGAAUGGCUGCCGGAGCAGUCGAAAGUCUCGUAGCCGUAACACCGACCGAAAGGAUCAAAACCGCAUUGAGUGACGACGCCAAGGGGUCUAAACGCUUUCGUUCAACUCUUCACGGCGUUACUCUUCUACUCCGCGAACAAGGGAUCCAAGGUCUUUACCGCGGACUUGUCAGCACCACGGCGAAACAAAGUGCAACGAGCGCCGUGCGGAUGGGAGCGUACAAUGCGAUGCGGAGCCAGUAUUCGAGUGCAAACAGGAAUGCUGGAGUAGUGGAGACGUUUGCGAUGGGGGCGCUGGCGGGCACCAUCACAGUCUAUGCUACGCAGCCGUUAGAUACGAUCAAGACCCGGUCGCAGAGUGCGAGGGGAGAGAACAUAAUUCCAGCGAUUGUGGGGGUGUGGCGAGAGGGAGGUUUGAGGGCGUAUUGGAAGGGGAGUACGAUGCGACUGGGGAGAUUGGUAUUGAGUGGUGGGAUCGUGUUUGCGGUGUAUGAGCAGAUUGCUAAUGUAAUGCGAUUGUCGUGA